AACAAUAAAAUCGGGCUCGAAAUUCAUUAAAUGCGAAGGAACACGCCGAAGUGAAAAGAAAAUGGCAAACAUGAACAUGUGUACCGUUUCUUUCAUUCUUAUCAUCAUGCUGUUUGCUCGCAUGCAUGGCAAGCCUUUGGACUCUAUUUGUGAUAGUGCUGGAAAAUGCAUGUGGAAUGGUGGAGGAUGGUACAGGGGCUGUAUUGAUGACAUCCCCAUCCUUUACUUUGAUCGCUUCGACGGCGAUGGACUCUUGGAUCUCCGAGACUGUUCAGUACAAGUUGUGGCGAUUGAAAUUACACCAUUAAGGUGUAAGGACCUGAAUCAGCAUGUUGUUACAGAUAGUGGAGUGACAUUUUAUUUGGGAGAGGCAAAAACCGAAUGUCAUGUUUCUCCCUCCACCGAGGUCCCUCAUCAGACUACUCUUCAAAGCAUCGACAACAGUGAGCAUGCCUCUGACACUUUCCCUCCCACUACAACUGGAAGCGCAAGGAAUAGUAAGCAUCCCUCUACCUCCCCAGCCAUUGCCAGCCAUGCCAUCACCUUUGAGAGCACACAGAUUAGGGAGCAUGUUUCUUCUUCCUCCUCUGAAAUUCUCCAUCCGACCACCCUGCAGAGCAUAAGCAGCAGUGAGAGUGAAAAUGGGAACGACUUCACUAAUGGAAGGACCUUCACCAUCAUUAUAAGUAAAUAUUUGGGUUAAAUGUUUUUUAUUUACCUUUAUACAAUUAGGUAAUCAAGUAACUACAUAAGAAAGUCUUCAUUAUAUUUCAGCAGUGUGUAUUUACCAAUCAGGUUUGGCAUUUUUAUCCUGCCUGAGUUUAGCUGUGUAUGCUUUAUACAGACGCUUAACUUACAA